AAAGAUUCAAAACCGAGUAGUAUUUGUACGAGUUACCAGAAACCGAAUACCCCGACUUUUGGCUAGUUUAGCAUGAUUUCCAGAGAAAUCGUUAUUUUCGAUAAUGAAUUACCUUCCAGGAACAGCUAGUUUGGUAGAAGAGAUAGACAAAAAACUUCUUGUUGUGCUCAGAGAUGGUAGAACUCUAAUAGGAUACCUCCGAAGCAUUGAUCAAUUUGCUAAUCUUGUUUUACACCGGACUAUUGAAAGAAUUCAUGUUGGUAAGAAGUAUGGAGAUAUACCAAGAGGAAUAUUUGUUGUAAGAGGAGAAAAUGUAGUUUUGCUUGGAGAAAUAGAUUUGGAAAAUGAAAAUAACCCACAACUAGAAGAAGUUCCAAUUGACGAUAUUCUAGAAAUGCAGCGUGAAGAACAAAUACAAAAACAACAGGAAGAGGAACGCAAGAAAAAGUCCAUGCUGGAGCGGGGACUUCAGCCUCAUUCUGAACUCCACGAUGAUCUAUUUUAAGAUCAGAGGCCGUGGAGUAUAAAUUACUUGUUGACAUUCGAAAUAAUGUGCUAAACAUAGUUUGAUUGAGAUCUCACAAUGUUAUUUUUGUUUUCAAAGUUCUGACAUUGCAUGUCAGCUCAAGUUCCUUGAAUGUGUUCCUGAGGUGGAUUGUGAAAAUGUGAAACAUUUCUAGUGCUGUGGUUCUCAUUGAAAGUCAACAUUUUGUUGUAAAAUGUUCUUCAAAUAAAUAUAAAACUUUUGUAGUUAUUCUUAUCAAAAAUGUAAAUAAAUGCUCAGUUUCACCUA